AUGAAUGCAGGAGAUGUAGAGUUGAUCUCCAAAUCCAUCCUGAAGCCAUCCUCUCCAACUCCCCAAACCCACAAAACCCUUAAACUCUCAUUCUUCGACCAAUUAGUCCCGCCGUUUUACGUCCCCAUCAUCUUCUUCUACCCGGCCCCGACCAAAACCUCGGAUGCCGCCCAUAUCUCCCAUCGCCUGAAACAAUCCUUCUCCCACGCCCUCUCUCUAUUCCCCGCACUCGCCGGAAAAAUCGACCCUGAAAACCCCGCCGCCGUCCAAUGCUCCGACGCCGGCGCCCGAUUCACAGAGACCCGAGUCCACGCCCGCUUAUCAGACGCCAUCAAAGACCCGAAAAUGGAAAAUCUCAUCAAAUACCUCCCAGCAAACCCCCACAGCGCCAUUCACGAGGACUCCCUGCUAGCCGUGCAGAUCAAUUUCUUCAACUGUGGCGGAAUUGCCCUUGGAAUUUGCUCUUCCCAUCAAGUCACCGACGGCUCCUCUCUUGUAUCAUUCAUCCUCUCCUGGGCCGAAAUUUGCCUCCGUGGCCAGGGGCAAAACCGUAAAUUCCCAGAGUUCGACCUGGCUCGUCAUUUUCCGCCAAGAGACCCAUCAGAUCCCGGAUUCUCCCAAUCGAUAUAUUUCAAGAAGGAGAAUCUCGUGACCAAAAGGCUCGUUUUCGACCGCGAAAAACUGGCGGCUCUCAGAAGAGCCGCCGCCGCUGGAAAAGUCAAAGUCAACCACCCGACUCGAGUGGAGCUCGUCUCGGCUUACAUCUGGAAAAACAUAAUAGAAAUAGGCCGGGCGAAAAACAUCCAGCUGUCGUCCGCGUGGCAUGUCGUGAACUUGCGGCCGAGGGUUACAAGCUGCGAACUGGAAAAUGUGUUCGGAAAUUGUAUUAUGAAAAAGUAUAUCUAUUCGGAAGGUGGAGAGCCGGAGUUUCGCCAACUGGUGGGCAAAAUGGGGAAUGGGCUAAGAGAAAUCGAUGAGGAAUAUGUAUUAAGGGCGGGAAAAGGAGGUUAUUUGGAUGAUUUGAGUAAAUACUUUGAUUUGGUGGGGAAAGGUGAAAUCGAGACGUGCGGGUUUAGCAGUUGGUGUCGUUUUCCGGUUUACGAUGUGGAUUUCGGGUGGGGGAAGCCGGAGUGGGUCUGCCCGGCGAGCUGCCCGGAAAAGAAUUUCAGUUUCAUGUUUGGGGCUAAAGAUGGAGAGGGGAUUGAGCUGUGGAGUAAUAUGAGGGAAUCUAGCUAUAUGUACCUUGAGAACAAAUUUAAACUCCUUGGGAAAGAAGAGAUUUGA